AUGAGCUUGAUUAAUUCCUUGCUCUUUUGGGAAUGUGUCUGGCGUCUCAAGUGUUUACAUCUGACUGGGGAGGUCCGGCUCGGAUGUGCGAUUGUUCAGCCUCUCAGUUUUAGUUCAUGCGGAAUUAUAACACGGAAGUGUACGGUUUCUCAAUGCGGCUGUUAACGUUACUAGGAGAACUUGGAAUUUGUGCCGAGUUUACUUCCAACAUAAUUAUUUCGGGGCUGUGUAGUAAAGAGCGCUGCCAGAUUGUGAUCCUUUUCAUCCGAAAGGAGAGGAGCGAGGUGACGGGCGUUUCAGGCGCAUGCGCGAAUUCCUGAGCACCUUCCUGCCAGAUAGUGAGACAGAAUCAGGCCAGGGCUGUGACACCCAGCGGAUCAAGAGCUCGGGCAGGGACCCUGUGGCACACAUCAUUAUACGUACUCUAAUCCGCUCUCAAAUCCGCCUCUACCGACUUCCCCACUUUAGGGGCUCUGUUUCCGACCACUACUGCUUUUUUUUUUUUGGUCAUCUGUAUUUGCACUGGCACGAUCAGCAUCGUUUUUGUGGUUUCUCCCGCAUUAGCGUUGUGAUGACUUCGAGGAAAUGACCUAGAGGCCUUACAGUUACAUUGUGUGCAUUCUUGCUCCAGACUACCAUCCACCGCAGAUUCAAUCUGGAAGCUGCACUUGUUUCCGUUGUAACAUUAUUAACUACCUCAAUAAACACAGAGAAAGAGGAGGGAGCUUCCAAAAGCAAAUCUCUUGUUUUACCUACUUGCAUUCAGAUUGUCUCCCUGAUCAGAGAUGAGACGGAUCCAAUAUAAAGGGCACUUCAAGAUUUGCAGACUGGAUCUGCUAGAGAUUAAAAUAUUUUUUUUUUAAUUUUGUUUGCUGGUUUUUUUUUUUUGUUCCUGCAUGUGAAGAGGCUUUUCAUCGCUGUUGAUCAGUGUUUUUGUUCUGUUUCCAAGGAGGAGUGGAUUCCAUAUAUGAAACUCCCAAGUUACUUGGCAUUUAAAGGAUUAUUGAAGUUUUUUUUUUCCCCUUAAUUUUCUUGCGUUAGACAAAGUAAUGUCCAUUGGCUGGCACUAGACAAUUUUUUGAGCUUGUACUUCUCUGGCCUGCAGCUGUGCGAAGGGUUAAUACAAAGCAUAAAUAACAAAGGAGCCCACAACAGGUUGCCAUUAUUUCAGCUGGCUUCAAAAGUAGAAGUUGUAAACUGCAGCAGGACUGCAAGAAAUACUACUAAAUUUUAAGUCAGGAAAUUUACUGCCUUUAUCACUGCUUAUACAGAUUACCAAGAGCCUGCCUUUUGGAAAUGCCUUUUAUGAAACCUGUGAAUGCUGACUUCAUUUAUUAUUUGACAUAGCUGGUCAACUGAAGGCGUAUUUCUGUGGCACAGCAAGUUAACUUAGGUAGCCUGUGAAUUGUAGGACACAUAUGUAUUGCUGUAGUGCUCAGGAAAGUAAAAUGGACUACAAGAGGCGGUUUUUGCUUGGCGGGUCCAAGCAGAAGGGGCAGCAACACCAGCAGUACCAGAUGCCAGAGCUCAGCCGGACUCUGAGUGCACCUUUAGCAUCCACAACUGCAGCAUCAUCCUUAGUUUCCUUGGGUAACAGUGGCAGUUGCCCACAUUCUGCAGCCCAUACCUCCCCUAUUGCAGACAUCCAGCAGGGUAUCUCCAAAUACCUGGAUGCUCUUAAUAUUUUCUGCCGCGCCAGCACUUUCCUAACAGACCUUUUCAGCAGUGUUUUCCGAAAUUCGCACUACUCUAAGGCAGCUAUGCAACUGAAAGACGUGCAGGAACAUGUCAUGGAGGCCGCCAGUCGACUUACAGCAGCAAUAAAACCAGAGAUUGCAAAAAUGUUGAUGGAGCUAAGUGCUGGAGCUGCUAACUUUAAAGAUCAGAAUGAGUUCAGUUUGCAGGACAUAGAGGUACUUGGUCGCUGUUUUUUGACCGUGAUGCAGGUUCAUUUUCAGUUCUUGUCCCAAGCUUUGCAGAAAGUUCAGCCAGUAGCCCAUUCUUGUUUUGCUGAGGCAAUUGCACAAGAGCGGAAGAGUUCUUCAGGAGCUUCAGAUCUGAACCCUACAAGAGAGAUGGAGGAGGCAGUGAGAUCCUGGAGAGGUGCUACGGAGGUGACAUGCCGUCUGCGUGAGAGGGGAUGUGAUGGCUGUUUGGCUGGAAUAGAGGUCCAGCAGCUUUUUUGUUCUCAAAGCUUAGCAAUACCAGACCAUCAUCUGAAGGAGCUGAACAUGAAAAUUGACAGUACUUUACAGGCAUAUAAAAUAGCAUUGGAAAGUUUAGGUCACUGUGAAUACGCAAUGAAGGCUGGCUUUCACCUAAACCCAAAGGCUAUUGAAGAAUGUUUGAAGGACUGUUGUAAUGAAGCUGAGGCACAACAGGCAGGAAGGAGGCAGACGCCACCUCAGCCAAUACAGUGUGAGCUUCCAACCAUACCUGUCCAAAUAGGCCCACACUUUUUGAAGGGAACAUCUUUUAAUGAGUCCACAACAGAGAAUCUUAAACUAAAAACGCACGCAAUGCGACAGUUAAUUAAAGAUGCUGAGGGACACAAUGGAAUUACUGACAGAGAUGAGACUGCGGUGACAGAGGUUCUCAAUCAAGUCUGUCCCUCUACCUGGAGAGGGGCUUGUAAAACUGCAGUGCAGUUAAUAUUUGGCCAAGCCGGACUGGUGGUAGUUGACACAGCGCAGAUUGAGAACAAGGAAUCGUAUGCUCCACAAAUUAGUCUUGAAGGAUUAAGAAUAGUUGUGCAAGUUCCAUCUACAUGGUGUUUGAAAGAGGAUCCAGCUACUAUGUCUCUGUUGCAGAGAAGUCUCGAUCCAGAAAAGACUCUUGGGUUGGUUGAUGUGCUAUACACUGCUGUGUUUGACAUCACAAGAUGGAAGGAAGGCCGUGAGCAAGCAUUACCAAUCAUCCAAAUCCAAUUACAGCGCGAGUCAUCUGAAUUUGGAAAUCAGAUGGAUCUCCCACAUGGGAAUGGUAGUAAGUCAACAGGAGGACUUCAGAAGACUUUUUCUAAACUAACUUCAAGGUUCACAAAGAAGGCUUCAUGCAGUGGUUCAAGUCACAGUGGGAGCUAUUCUGUUCCUCAGACACCUUCCAAAAAUAUCUUAACCACUAAUAACUCUGAUGAAAAGGCAAAAAUCUCAAGUAAUAUGGACUCAAGGCUGCAGAGCAUCUUGAACAUUGGUAAUUUUCCCAGGUCCACAGAUGCUUCACAUACUGCUCAGAGCACAAACCGCCAGUUAGUUAAUGGGUUCCUUGUUGACAGACGUGAAGAUCUGUUUAAGGGAGAUGAAAUGAAAGAUGACAAAGGGAUGAAUUUGCCCACUGACCAAGAAAUGCAGGAUGUUAUAGAUUUUCUGUCUGGAUUUAACUUGGGUAAAUCUCAGCAGAGCUCACCUGUGGUGAAAAGAAAGAAUUCGGCUACAUCAUCUGGAGCAACAGAACAAAAACAGAGUAAUGUAAAGCCACAGUCCCAGUCGGUGUCGCAUGUUCCUAUACAUUCAACACCACAGGGAUUGCUGCAACAACAACCACAGCUACAGCUGUCACAGAAACAGCAGCUACAGUACUAUCAGCAUUUGUUUCAGCCAGUUAGUCAACAGCAGCAGCAACAACAACCACCACCACCUCCACAGUCUCAUGUACCUGGAAAAUGGCUGAACAGUUCUACACAGCAGCCAGCACAAAGUGUUGGAAGUGGGUUGUCUCCCCUUAACCAGAUGAACCAGUGGAAUAACCAGGGCGUGUCUGACUUAAGUUCUGAUUUAUACAGCUUGGGACUUGUCAGCAGCAUCAUGGACAACAUGAUGUCAGAAAUGUUGGGACAGAAACCGCAAGGACCCAGAAAUAACACCUGGCCAAACCGGGACCAAAGUGAAGGAGUUUUUGGGAUGCUGGGAGAUGUUUUGCCUUUUGAUCCUGCAGUUGGCUCAGAUCCUGAGUUUGCUCGGUAUGUGGCUGGGGUAAACCAAGCUAUGCAACAAAAACGGCAAGCACAGCAUGUCCGUUGUCCAAGUAACACACGUAGCAACUGGCCCCAUCCUGAUGAUUCUCACAGAACAUGGCCUUUUCCGGAAUAUUUCACAGAAGGUGAUGUCAUGAACAGUAGCUGGUCGGGUACUCAGGGAGACUCUGCCAGCUCCAGUGAUGAAACCUCCUCAGCUAAUGGAGACAGUUUGUUCUCUAUGUUCUCAGGGCCAGACCUUGUUGCUGCAGUUAAACAGAGGAGAAAACAUAGUAGUGGUGAGCAGGAUACUAGCACGUUGCCAUCACCACCUUUACUCUCCUCAGUAGAUGAUUUGAAUCAGGAGAAUAAAACCAAAACAUGGCCUCCCAAAGCUCCAUGGCAGCAUUCGUCUCCACUCACCAACACAAUGCCCAAUCAGAGUUCUUCUAUUUACCAGAUGGCAAAUCCUGUGAGCCAAUGGAAUGACACAAUGCAAAUCCUACAGUCGCCAGUUUGGUCCACAGCCAAUGACUGCGCUCCUCCAACAGGGAUUUCCUCCACAUUUGCCUACGCACAGCAACAAUCACAGCAGGCAAAUAAGGGCUUUAAAUCUUUCCCGAUGAAGCAUGAACGGAGACCCUCAUACCUGCACCAGUUCUGACAGUGGCAAAAAUAGACAAACUGUCUAUUAAACGCCAACAUGUCUGCUUUGUUUCUGGCAAAUCCACUCUCUGGAAACACGUAUUUUUUUUUUAGUUUUCUAAACAUGUAAGAGUGAGUUUGUAAUUGUGUUGAGCAGAAGAGAAACAAAUGUGUAGCCAUGUCUUAUACCAAGAGCAGACAACUGCUUUAUACACUCACACGUUGUGCUUCGAUAUUAAAAAAGCACAGUUAAAUAAAAAAGGGGGCUUUUUCCCCCUUCUUGAAAUGCUCUAGCUUUCGGUUGCAGUUGUGAUGGUCUGAUCUUUUCUCCGCAAAACAUGCCUCUUUUUGCUAAUUUAAAAGCUAGUUUUGAAUUUUGUAUAACAGAAGAUUUAAAAAAACAAAAAGAUGUUUUUGUUGUCUAACACUAUGGGCCAUGCUGACCUUUACUGACUGUUGAAACCUCUCAUGGUAUGUUCUGCAUCAUUAUGUGUGUGGAAGUGUGACAGGUUAACACAAAAGUAAUAGUACCCAUGUACUUGGUGAAAGGAGCCCGGGCUUUUUUAAUUCGGAUGUUCAGGGAGCCUUCUUUAGUCAUUGGCCAUGAUGCUUUCUUAAGGUCCUGAGCCCAGGCUAAUGACUUCAUGGAGUGAAUAGGAUUUGUUUUGGGUACAGUUCUUUAAAGCAACUGGGAGAACAAAUUUACAGCCUUUGUGGCACUGCUUCAGACACAAAGGCAUUAAUUUAGAAUAAAAGAUCUAUUUUUUAAUGUAUACCAUUGGAAUGAUUUAGGACAUUCAACGUUUGUUUAUUGAAGGGGAUGUAAAACCGCUGAAAACCAGUGAGACUCUAAGCUUUCAAUAUUUUCAAGGGGUUUAAAGUUAUUUGUAAGCAUAGGUGCCAUUGAAAGCUGCAUUUUUUUGUUGCUUUGCCCUGCUACUUGAAACAUUGGGUCUUAUUUAGGCUAGUGUCAGACCUGCGGAGAAACACAGGCUGAGAUCCGCUCCUUUGCUGCUGCUGUCCUGAUCAAUGUGCCUGCACUUGGAAACAUCAUCUCUUCCCACUUGCAGGAGGAAAUCGGCUGCGGAAUUCGGUCUCUUGUGGGGUUUUUUGCCGAUAUCCACCUUGUCUGUCUGCACCCGGACAGAGACUGCUUCUGGGUGCAUAUUGUGUGUGUGCUUCAGUCACCUUAUUUAAUCUUGUGUUGGGUGCAAAGCAGUCCGGAAACCCUUACCAGGGGUUUUCAUAGACAUAUAUGUCAAAAAUACAGCUGCAGCACCUCGUGCAAGAAGAGAAAACUUUAAUUCAUUAGGUCAAAAAACCAGGUAACAUUUCGGCCCGAACACGGGCCUAUAAAAGCUGCCGACAGACUGAGUCGGCAGCUUAUUGGCCUGUGUGGGGCCAUCCGCCGGGCUUCCCCGAUUGAUAUCUGGCCAACUCAAUCAGGCAGGUUAAAAAAUCCCAUCUGAUUGCGGCCGCAUCUGUGCGUGUAUGCGGUCCUGCGAUCCUACCGCCCGUAUUGGAUGCAUUAUGAAUAGCCCGUUAUCAACCACUUCAAUGUGGGCACAUCAAGGAGAGAUCCGCUCGUUUGGCGAAAUCGCCAAACGAUUGAAUCUCUACGUCUAUGGCAACCGUUACUCUUUCUCAAACCUGUCUGGUGAUACAAUGUACGUACGAACUAUUUAACCCUCUUUGAGUGGGAGUUUACCACACCAGAACCCCCCCUUAGCACACAUAAAUCAAAUAGUAUAACAAGUGUGAUGAGUCCAAUUGUAUUUAACAGUCACUUAGUCCAUCUUUUUAGAGAUGUGAUAGUCCAUUAUUCAUUGUGUCCUGGAUAGACAUAGUGCACACCCAUCUCAAUACGAAAAUAUAGUGUUAAAAUAAUAAUGCAAACCUUCCAAUAGAAAUGCUUCUGGGUGCAGGCACAUUGAUCAGCAGCAGCAGAGGAGCGGAACUCACUGCUGCUGCCAUUUGCAAAUGCUAUUCAUUUUUAUGGCAUUUUGUUUGGUGUAAUUAUGAAAAGAGUCAACUCUCCGUUUCUCCUAUUGUUAAAUAAAGGGCCGGGAUGAGUUGUUUCACCCUUUUGCUAAACAUGCCGCGACUGUAGUGGAAGUCAGCCAUGUUUAUUUGCAGAAGUCAGAAUAGAAGGGGGAUGGACAGACCCUACUUUCAAUAGCAAUUACAUUGACAAAUAACUUUAACACCACUGAAAAUGUGUAAUACGUGUGUAAUAUUGUAAUAUCGCUCAGAAUCUCUAUCAUUGGGCAAAAUUCUAUUUACGUUCCCUUUAAGGGUUUCAAGAAAUAGUCUUGUGUGCAUACUACAACAGCUUUUCCGAGUAGUUGUUUCAGAUCUCUGCCACAUUACUGCAGGAGUAGAAAGCAAGUGCUCCAUUCACUUCACUGGGGCUAGUGUGCGGCAUUCUUCUGAUACACAUGCUCCUGUGUGUAUGAACUGCACAAAGCAAGGACGCUGGGAAUCUUUAGUGAGUUGCUGCGUUGUCAAAUAGAGGCUUCCUGACCCUAAAAGCUGUGGCAUCCAUUCCCUAUCACCUUCCCCUCCCCCCCUGGAACGGAAAUUUCAAUGUUCUGAAAAGUAUAACGUUUUGAAUUAUAGUUGAUGAAAGAACGGGAGGAAACCGUUUAUCGAAAAGCAACUGUUCUGGACGACGAGCCCGGCAGGUGUCACCACUUCCCCUUUAAGGUAUAUCACUUCCUUUUUGUGACUUUGUAACAUUCACAUUUUAUAUCUAUCUAUAUAUCUAUCUACCUUUGAUAUCGUUCUGUAUGGCCAAAUACAGUAUGCACACACAGUUCCUGAUGGGAUAUUUAAAUCUUUAGGAGAAAAUAAAAAACGUGAGCUGGCUCAGACAAAAAAAAAACCAAAACUAUAUAUAUAAAUAUAAGUAAUUUAAAGGAAAAGUAGCAUAUAGGUGAAAAGAAGCUAUAUUUUUAAAGACCUGAGCAUAAUGUCACUUAGUAUAUAAAUAUAUAUAUAUGUGCCAUGGAAACUGAUCAACCUGUGGAAUUGGGAAUCUUCUUCCAACCAAAGUGCAUAGACACACGCUUAAUGGUGCUUCACAGUGAAAUCCAGUCUGUAGAUAUUCUAGCCCACUGUAUCUUACUCGAGGUUCAGAUAUUCUUUAUAUAUAUAAGUUUCUAUGUAUUUAAAAAUCAUUUCAUCUUUUGGAGGAAAAAAAAAAAAAAGUCUCUAACCGUUAAAAAAAAAAUCCAUAUUUUUUAGUAUGACAGAAAAAAAACCUAUUGACAGUAUUAAUCUUAUUUUUGUAUUUUCUUAAAUUGUUCUAUCACGAAUAUACGUUGUCUCAUUCCCGUGAGUAACAAGUUGCGUUUCUAAAAAGCGUUAUCGCCAUGCAAAACGAGGGGAAAUGUUCAAAGCGCAUUUUGGUUUUUUCACUUUUUUUUUUUCUUACAGAUUGAAAGUUUAUCUAUUAUACCAAAAAAAAAAAAAAAAAAAUACGUAGAGGAAAAUAAAAUGAACGUACAGCAGAAAAUAAAAAAAAACACAGAACACUAAACUAUUUAAAGAGGAAGCAGAACGGGGUUUAUACUCCUUCCCAUCCCCCAAUGUUUUGUACAGUAAUGGGUUUGGUUGCAGGCCCAGAAUGUAACCUAUUGUGCUGUGUGAGAAAGCCAAGGUUGCCUGUAUUUAUAUAUUCAUGGUUUUCCCCUCAGUCCUCAUUCUUUACCAUGUUUACAGAGACUUGUUUGCUGUAUAUAGAUAUAUAUAGACUUUUUUGUAGUGAUGUGCUCAGCCCAAUCGGCGUCUUGCUUUUGUCUGUGAUUUGUCCCGAAAAAUGUUCCGUACUACUUGUUUUUUUUUUGAAGAUCUCCUCCUUACAAAAAGUGCUUGCUCCAGAUGAACAAAUGGUUUUCUUUCAGUUUCCAAGAUGCAGAAUAUAUUCUAUUCCAAAAUCCUUCUUCCCCCUCCCCCGUCGCACUUAUCUGCCCCUUAUUUUAUCAGAAGUAUAGUCUUCUUAUUGGAUAGACGUAUAUAUUUGUACGGAAACAGACGUCUGCAAAGUGCCAACCCAAUGUUAAACAGGCUAUAUCUAUUUUUUUUGUAUUUUUUGGACUAUUCUAAAUGAAAUGUGACUUUAGAAAGGAAACUGAAAUCUGAAACCAUUUUUAUAUACAUAAAAGCUUUGAACCAUGUAGGUGCUAUGUUUUCUGCUUCCAAUAUUUUCUGAACACUGGUCUUUUUAACCCUUUUGAAAGCCCUCGGGUGUUGAAGCGGUCACCGAAACACUUGGGGAGCUUUUGUAGGAGCCACGUAGGCAACACACAGGAACCAGCAGACCUCUGCAAGGCUUUUCUAGUCUGCUGGCAGUCAAAGAGUUAAGGCAUCAUGCCAUAUCAUUUCACUUGGUUUCUUCACACUGCCGAGUGUAAGGGGUGUGGUGCCCUGCUAGGAAGACCCCCCCUAUUACAAUGCUUCUUGUUUAUAGUUAAGACGUAUAAACUGGAACUGUAUAUUUUGUAUUGUACCUUAAGGCUUCUGUAAGAUAAUGAUUGCUUUAUUAAAGAUAUACAUUUA